GUCUGUUCGAAGAUUUAAGUAACCCAAACGGUUUUGUAAAACAUUGAUCUCUCCGGAACAACAUGUCGUCUUCUUCAAACUUUGUAGUGGAAUCGUGUGAGGUUGAUUCCGAGGAAGGGGUGAAGCUCCACACGAGGAUCUUCAAACCCAGAGACGAGCACGUUAGCCACGAAGACGGGGAUCUAGUGAUAGUUUUGGUCCACCCUUUCUCGCUCUUGGGUGGUUGUCAGGCACUGCUCAAAGGCAUAGGUUCUGAGUUGGCCUGUAAAGGCUUCAAGUCCGUCACUUUCGAUACGAGAGGUGCUGGAAAAUCAACGGGGAGGGCUACUCUUACUGGGUUCGCUGAGGUUAAGGAUGUGAUCGCUGUUUGUCGGUGGGUUUCUCAGAACCUCGGUGCUCAUAGGAUCCUCCUCGUUGGUUCUUCUGCAGGUGCACCAAUCGCAGGAUCAGCAGUGGAGCAAGUAGAGCAAGUUGUUGGAUAUGUGAGUUUGGGAUACCCAUUUGGCCUAAUGGCAUCGGUUCUGUUUGGGCGGCACCACAAGGCCAUUCUCUCAUCCCCUAGACCUAAACUCUUCGUUAUGGGAACACAAGACGGCUUCACUAGCGUUAGCCAGCUCAAGAAGAAGCUGAAAUCUGCAGCAGGACGCACCGAAACACACCUCCUCGAAGGCGUUAGCCAUUUCCAGAUGGAAGGACCUGAGUAUGAUUCUCAGAUGGCGGAUGUCAUAUCCAACUUUAUUUCAUCCUUGUAAUGAUUUCAUAUGCAACCUCAUGAUGUAUUCAUUACCCAUGUUUGAGAGUUAAAGACUUUAUUUUGUAACACAUCAUACACAAAAGAGGAUAGUAAACGUAGACAUUGUGCAAGAACUUGUGGUGGUGCGUGUUGAUGAUGUUCCACAGAAACUUGAAAAUAUUGCCCCUUCGUCAAAAGGAUAAGCCAUUUCCUGAUGAAGAGAUUUGGCAUUUACUCUU